AUCGUAGUCGAUUAUUCGACGCGUGUUACGUGCCACGGUUGUUGCUCGACCAUGAGGGACUUGAAUAAGAAAUCGAACACGGAGGGCCCCGUCAACGGUCACGCGUGCGAUCUAAUACCGUACACCGACGGCCUGGAGUCGGCGAACUCUCACGUAACCACCACUGCAUCAGCGUUUAUAGCUGGGAUCUAACCCGCGAAAACGAUCCCUCGAUCGUGUUUAUCGCGGCAAUUGGGGAAUGGAAGGAAUCGGAAAGAAAUAAUCGAGAUGCGAUUACGAUUUUGCGAGACGGGUUUGACGAUUCUAUCACCGUUCAAACGCGUCGUGUCCGAUUGCCUCGAGUUUCUCGAACGUCUGUUCCCGAUACUAUCUCGGAUCGUGCACGGUUUCGAUCGAAUCGAACAGAGGUCUCGAGAGAAAUCCUCGAAUCCUGUGAAUUUUUCUGUACAGGACAAUGUAGAGCCGUUGGUCGACCCCUUCUGCGUCGAGGAGAACCCGCAGAAGAUCACCUUCGAGGACAUCACGUCGGCUGCCUUCAAGAUCAAGUGCGGCGUGGUCAACACGCCUUGCGUGCGUUCGCGACUGUCAGAGAUGACAGGGAUCGACUUGUACCUGAAGAAAGACUUCCUCCAGUUGACUGGGAGCUUUAAAGAGCGAGGGGCGCGAUACGCUCUCGUGAUGCUGUCGGACGAACAGAAGAAGAUAGGCGUGAUAUCGGCUUCGUUGGGUAACCAUGCACUGGCUCUGUCUUAUCACGGCUACAAACUGGGAAUAUCGGUAACGGUGGUGAUGCCAGUCGUGGCGCCGAUUAUGAAGAUCACAGCCUGUCGCCAGUACGGUGCCACCGUUAUCGUCGAUGGCCGCGAUAUGGGGGAGGCCAAGCGGAUCGCCUUUCAAUGCGCCAAGGACAAGGGAUUGACAUACAUAAAUGGGUACGACCACCCAGACAUCAUGGCAGGCCAAGGAACCCUAGGCCUCGAGAUCGUCGAACAGGUACCAAACAUCGACGCGGUGGUUGUUCCAGUGGGAGGGGGUGGUUUGAUAGCAGGGGUAGCUCUCGCAGUGAAGACUCUUCAUCCCAACGUAACGAUCAUCGGGGUUGAAUCGGAAAGGUGUUCCAGUUUCCACGCGGCAAGGAAAGCGGACCGGCCGAUAUACACCCCUAUAGAGUCCACUUUGGCGGACGGACUGGCGGUUCCCAUGGUCGGAUACAACGCCUUUGCCACGGCGAACCCGUUGAUCGACAAAUUGGUCGUGGUGAAGGAGGAGUGGAUAGCCAUUGCGAUCUUGAAGCUGGUCGAAAACGAGAAGUGCAUUGUCGAGGGUGCUGGCGCGACCGGAUUAGCGGCCAUUUUAGCCGGCCAGUUGGACGAACUCAAAGGCAAAAGAGUGGUGUUGCCUCUCUGCGGAGGGAACAUCGACACGACCAUCUUGGGAAGAUGUCUGGAGCGAGGCCUGGCAGCGGAAGGUCGUCUUUUGAAGUUUACGGUGACGGUGUCCGAUCGACCAGGCGGAAUCUCAGAGCUCUGCAAAAUGUUGGCCAGCAUCGGUGUCUCGAUAAAGGACAUCAUGCACGAGCGAGCGUGGAUCAUGUCGGAUAUUUUCAGCGUGGACGUGAAGGUGGUCUGCGAGACCAGAGACAAAGAUCACGCCGAGCAAUUGAAGGAUAUGCUGUACCAGAAUUAUCAGAGAGUCGUAUUCGGCACCAGCAACAUGUCGUCCCUGAACGUGUAAUACCUGCACAGCAGCGGAGACUUCGAAGACCAAGAGAUGGAUUUCCAGGGACGAUCGUCUCGGAAGUUCGCGCAAUUUCAGAUAUUGGAUGUGAUUUCGAGGGAGAUUAGGUAGACUAUAAGAGUAGUCCACGAGUGUCUUGUUUUGUCGAGGAUAAUGCUGAACUCUGAACAAUAGUGGAAGAGAGCUUGAAAUUGGAUGUGGACCCAAGGUGACUCACCAUGAAUUUUCAUUUGUUACGAAAUACUCUAGCUGCAGGAGACAUACCGUUUAAAUUUCAUCGAUUUCCAACGCACACAGAGAUAAUUGUACCAUUUUCUCCACUGAAAUUCACGCCUACAGGAUCCUUCCUUUACUCAGGCAAUCUCACUACAUCGGUCUCCUACGUUAGUUUUAAUAUUAAUCUCAGACUUUUUCAUACCGUCAAAAGUAAUUCAUACGUUCGGCUCGUCAACUUUUCCUCUCCCAAGUGCAUCGCGCGCAAACGAUGGAUCGAUAGCCCAAAAUUUGAGUGCUGGCCAUUCGCACAUCUCGCGUAACACGGACGUGUGAACGUGCAACGCGGAAAUUUAUUGUUCCCGCGACCGAGAGACAGGAACGUAGCGAAACGCGCGCGGCGUGUCUGUUUCCUAGUUUCACGGUGCAGCGCGGUAACGUGUUGCGCGAUGCUUCCGGUUUACGCGGAUAUGAUUGGGUUUUUGCGUAAGCGACCGAUCGUAAAGCGUGCAUUUACGAUCUUGAUUACCGUUGGGACAGAGCGUGCGACGAGCUGCGUGUUUAACAACUGCGAACACCGAGUCCCGGUGAGCCGCGCAUUGUUCUUGGUGGACGACACGGGAAAAAUGCCAGAUGUGUUCUGACCUAGCGAAAGGUGGGCGAUGUAUUCGCGAGUAAUUUACAACUGUACAGCAUUUGUUACACGAUUCUCGCGAAUUACGCGAACGCGAAUAAACACGAGUAAAUAUAAUAUUACGUAACCGA